AUGAAAAUAAACCAAGAAAAUCGUUGCCAAUCCAAGAGAAAAUAUGCGGCUGCGUUCCAGCCGGAGGAUGAGGAGGUGGAGGAGUUCUUCGCGAUACUGAGGCGGAUUCACGUCGCCGUCAAGUACUUCGAGGGGCGUAACGGCGGGCGCCGUGAGUUGACGGCGAGGCCUCGGCUGGUUGGAUUUGACGGGGUUGUGAAAAGUCCGGAUGGCUCGGGCGCGAAGCGGAAACCGGGUUUGGAUCUGAACUCCGAACCGGAACCCGAUGUUCCGGAUAAUAGUAAUACUGUUUAG